AUGAACGGCCCUCUUCCCUCCACCAGAGCCUUUCUCUCCGACCUCCCUUCUCUUCCGACAGGCUCCAAAGUUCGCUUUCUCGGUUGCGUGAGAACAUAUCACGUCACUACAGGCCACUUAGUCCUAGAACACGACUAUCCCCGCCGUAGAUUUUCCACCAACGCAGGAACAGAACCCGCUUCUGUGGCCGUCGAUGUCAACGCGGUUCUGGAAUCUGUGACGGCGGAGGAACUGCGUGUCGGGGCUUGGGUCAAUGUCGUGGGUUAUGUGAGGCGCUCGGACGGCGGUGAUCAUGAUGUCCUCCGCAAGCUGAUGAUGUCGAAUCCGGUGUAUGUGGAGGCUGUGAUUGUUUUCUCAGCGGGUACAGUUGAGCUGGGCGAGUAUGAAAGGGUUCUGAGGGAAGCGUUGGAGGUCGAGCGCAGGAUUUUGAGGCCAGAUUGA